GCCGGGGCGGGCCUCCCCGGCCGCUCGGCCGCGCCCGUUGGCGGAAGCCGCGCUCCGCCCCGCGGGAGAUGCGCUGGUGGAAGGUCGGCGGCGGCGCCGCGCUCCCCGGCCAUGCAGUCCUUAGCCAUGGACCUGCGGAUGCUCUCCCGGGAGCUCUCCCUCUACCUGGAGCACCAAGUCCGGGUUGGCUUCUUCGGCUCGGGGGUGGGCUUAUCCCUGAUCCUGGGCUUCAGCGUCGCGUACGCCUGCUACUACCUGAGCAGCAUUGCCAAGAAACCCCAGUUAGUGACGGGCGCUGAGAGUUUCAGCCGCUUCCUCCAGGACCACUGUCCGGUGGUGACGGAAACGUACUACCCGACGGUCUGGUGCUGGGAGAGUCGAGGACAGACGCUGCUGAGACCUUUCAUCACUUUCAAGCCUCUCGUGCGGUACAGGAAUGAACUUAUUAAAACUGCAGAUGGAGGACAGAUUUCACUGGACUGGUUUGAUAAUGAUAACAGUACAUGUUAUAUGGAUGCCAGCACCAGACCUACUAUUUUAUUAUUGCCCGGCCUCACUGGAACAAGCAAGGAAUCGUAUAUCCUUCAUAUGAUCCAUCUCAGUGAAGAAUUAGGAUACAGGUGUGUGGUUUUUAACAACAGAGGAGUGGCGGGAGAGAAUCUCUUGACGCCAAGGACUUACUGUUGUGCUAACACUGAAGACCUGGAGACAGUUAUUCACCAUGUGCACAGCCUGUUCCCCUCUGCUCCUUUUCUGGCGGCUGGGGUUUCAAUGGGAGGGCACCGGCAUAUGUUUGUAAAACAAAUUGAUAUGGAUCAUGUCAUGAAGGCUAAGUCCAUCAGAGAGUUUGAUAAACGAUUCACUUCAGUCAUGUUUGGAUACCCAACAAUCGACGAUUAUUAUACCGAUGCCAGUCCAAAUCGUAGACUGAAGUCGGUAGCAAUUCCAGUGUUGUGUCUGAAUUCUGUGGAUGAUGUUUUCUCACCUAGUCAUGCUAUUCCAAUAGAAACAGCUAAGCAAAACCCUAAUGUCGCUUUGGUCCUUACUUCUCAUGGAGGCCAUAUUGGUUUUCUGGAGGGAAUCUGGCCAAGGCAGUCUACUUACAUGGAUCGAGUCUUCAAGCAGUUUGUGCAAGCCAUGGUUGAGCAUGGACAUGAACUCUCUAACAUGUAGUUCUCUUCAGGUGCAUUUUGUGUGAACCACCAUUGUAAAGGCAGCUCAGCUUAGUGCACAAAUUUUAACUACUGUAUGUAAAGCAAAUAAGCCAGCAAAUGGGUGAAGAGGUCCAGAAUGAUAUGCAAAAACUACUUUUUAGGGAAACAAAACUUUGUAGCAAGACAUUAAAUAUAAUAUUAGAUUGUUAUUUAUGUAGAUUUUAUUUUUACUAUGCCUUACCAAGUAUGACCUUAAACAAAGUAGUACAUACAUGAAAUUGCACUUAACCAAAACUAUUGUGUAAAAAAAUUUUAAUUCCUCAGGGUUUUAAUUUAGGCUAGUAUUUUUUUAGAUUACUCAUUUUAGGUGAUUUAAUGGUACUUUAAUAACUGUUAAGAGACUGGUUAUGUGAAUGUAAGUUAUAAGGUGGUACAUUCCUAAGGGUAUUUAUACUUGAUAACAUGAAAGCCGAAAUUAGAUAAAAUACAAUGUGAUAAAUAUUUUAUGUGUUCUAACCUUAAAAGGCAAGUGCAACAAUGUUAGACUGACCCCUAUAUGUGCUCUUUUACUCCGAUAAUAAUAAAUUAGGGCUGGUUUAUGUUUUAUAAUGAUUAUAAUUUACAUGCUUAUUUUUAAAAUAGUAUAUGUGCACACAUGUAUCAUUAUAUUAAAAUA